CACUUUGUUGCUAAGCCUUCUCAUCUAGAAAUUCACUAUGACAAAGGGCGCGGGACAUGGUGGUUCUGGGGGGGAAGACAAGACAACGACCGCAGGAGAGACAAAAGCACAUGGCUAUCCGGUGCGGGAUGAUUGCGAGACUGCCGAGGACAUGAUAAAAACCAUGAAGGUCCUGUUUCCGCAAGUCGAUAAUCCACAGCCAAACGGCACGCAACAGCGCCGGCGAAAAGUAGAGGAGAACCUACAAACCCCAGGGCGGCCAUUUCUUCCAUUUGUAGAAUUAGAUGCGGGUUUCAGGGCUGCAAGUGAGAAGAGCUUUCUUUUUGGGGCCUUUGUUCAAUCUUGGGAUAAGAUAAUGGCAGGCAAAGUCUAGCGGCAGGAGGUAACCGUCUCAGAUGAACUACAUUGAACUACAUUGUUAAGAUAUUAUCUGAAAAAGGAGAUCGUCGUUAUAAUCUAUCCUCGCUGAAAACGAGAGAGCGCCAAGUGGAAUAAGAGCUCCUCUUCAUAUGACUGAGAGAAUAUAUCUUUUGUGUAAUC